GAAACCAGCCGCCUCGCUUCCCAGAUCAGAAGACUCUACGGGGCAAACAGGCGGGCUGAGAAGCCGUUCUGGCUCUGUCUGACGGGGUUCUGGCUCUGUCUGACGGAGUUCGUGGUGGGCUCGUUGAUCUAUGAGGAGUGUUUCCGCAUGAACGACGGCUUCUCCAAUUAUUUGAUGGAUACAACUCAUGAAAGUUACCUGGACCUUUUUCCUUUAGAUGCAAUUGUUUAUCUCACUCCUGACUCUGAGAAUGUCCUUGAAGAUAUUGAUCCAAAUAAAGUGUACGUCCUUGGAGGCCUGGUGGAUGAAACUAUUCACAAGAAGCUGACUUUGCAGAGAGCUCAAGGGCAGUCCUUGCAAACAGCUCGCCUCCCCAUUCGCGAGUACAUGGUGAAAUCCAUCAACACCAAGAACUACCACUCAGAGACUCUGGCAGUUAACCAAGUCUUUGAUGUUUUAUCAACUUACUAUGAGACCCGAAGCUGGCCAGCAGCCUUGAAAGCUGGAGUUUCUUCUGGAAAAGGCUACGUGCUACCAGAUGCAGUGAAAUAA